GCGGCCUGCGCGCACCAAGGGGCAGGCGACGGGGACCUGGCCGGGGCGGAGGCCUCCUGCGAGGAUGCUGGGCCUCUCGGGGGUGGCGGGAGCAAGGCCUUUCCGCUUCCCCUUUUUGGGGGAAACGCGGUGUUUUGUGUGUAAAAUGGCUGAGUCCCAGCGGAGAAACAGGCAGAUAAGGGGCUGGGUGGGGGUCCCUGGAAGAUAGAAGGGGCGCUUUCUUCUCCGGGGGGCUGCUCCCCAGAAAGGUGUGCGGCGAAGAUGUGCACAGCGUGGCUCUAUGGGCCAAGUAAAACGCCACCUGCUACAUUUUCCUAUUGACUUAAAAAAUAAUAAUAGUUUCCAUUGUUAGCCGCCUUCGGUCCCACUUGCCGGAAAGGCGGGGUAUAAACGGAAGCAGGCCCCGGGUUGUUUUUUUUUGAAACGUUAGCCACCCUCCUUGUUAUGGAAGAAAAUGAAAAUUGAUCUCGUUCCCAGAGGACAACCUGUCCUGGGAAAACCAGUGCAAUGAUAUUUAUAGCAGUAUCUCUUCCUCCCCCUCCACCCCGCCCCCCACCGCUUGGGUACAGGGUGUCGCUUUCUGGCUAAUCUGGGCAUGGAGGAGGAGGAGGAAUUGGUUCCUAGGCAUUUGCUAUGGGGUGACAUGGACCUCCAUACACACUGGCCAGGCUUGUGCCCCAAGGAGGUCACUUUGGUGCUGCUAAUGCAGCACUUUGAUUUCACCCCCAGAAGGGCACUCCAUUGUCUUUCUAGACAGACAGGUGCCAACAAGCGAUGUGGUCCUACAGGCACCCUGUGGGUUAUAGUUACGUGGCUUGAAAGUUUGCCACAUAUGUUCCAUCUAGGCCAGUACUGUCUAUUCUUUCUGUCAGGGACCACAGUAGUAUGAGACGUUUGCUACUGCUGUUGCCUUGGCAUUUUGCCCAGACCUUUUGCAUCAUAAGUGUUACCCAUUUAUCCAGGUCUUUGUCAUCUUUUGUUAUAUUUGUAAUUAUGUUAAUUUAUUCAUGUUGGAAGCCGCCUUAAGAAUGGUUUUUUUAACUAUGGAAAGGUGGCAGACACAUAAAAUGAUCAUAGAUCAUAGAAAGAUAGUAGUAAGGGAGCCUGAGGAUCUAGUACAACCCCCUGCAAUGUAGGAAUAUGCAACUGUCCCAUACAGCAGUGGUUCCCAAUUAUCUGUAAUUACUCAGGACACCCUAUUUUUCAAAAGCCAAGCCACAGACCCCCUACUUUUGAAAAUUUUGAUAACUAUGCCUGCGAAGCAAUUUUUUGAGUUGGUGGCCCCAAAUAAGCAAAGGAUUUUAGGUAUACUAAAAAAAACAGAUCAUAAAAUUUGUGUUAUUACAAUGCAAAAAUAACAAAACAAAAAAAAAUAGUUGAGGGGGAGGCAAGGGAUGGGGCCGCGGACUGCCUGGGUGCGUUCUUCAGACCUCUAAUUGGGAACCACUGCCAUACAGGGAUCAAACCUGCACCUUGGCAUUAACAGCACCAUGCUCUAACCAACUGGACUGUAUGCACCGUAGGUAUCCUGUCUACCUAUUUUUAUCUGAGUACUUAAAGCAUGUUUUCAGUCAAUUCUUCCCUGCCACUUUGCAACCCCAGUAAUGAAAGGUGACAAGAUGUGAAUGAAGCAGGGCAGUGAAUUUUGAUAGUUGCAGCUAGCUAUUCAAGUUAUGGAGCCUUCUCCUCCAUUGCAUUUGCUUGGCUUAUACAUUUUUGUUUUGUCUUUGACAGGCUUCAGUAGUUUUGUGGGUUUUAAUUUUUUGUUGUUGCUAAAAUGACUUCCCAUAUUCAGCCAUGAGAUUCCUCUCUUCGGGAGGGAGCACUUUGUAGGGAAAGUUUAUUCAGACAGCAGAAUACAGCUAGGACUGGAGCGUUUAAACCAUUAAUUAGUUAGAUGAAUCACGCUCAUAACUCUUUAAUGGAAUAAAAAGGUGCCCCAAUUAACUGAGCAGCAUUAUUAAAAUACGCUAUGACAUUAUCUUUAAUAUAUGUACUUCUAAAUAGAAAUGGCAAGCAGCAUAUUAAAAAGGUAUUCCUCCUUUUUUAUCACAUUAGGAAUGCCUCUUCUAAUAUCAGGCCAGCAUCACACAACAAUGCAUUAUCUAAAAACCAAAAAGCAAUACUAUUGUUUUCCUUAUAUGCAAAAUUGAUAUCUGUCUGCUAGGAAAAAAUCCUUACCUAGUGCUCCAAGCAGAGUAGGAUUUCUUUUGUUCCUUUGUAGGGCGUGGAAGACUAUUUCCCGCAUGAGAACCCAAUAUGCAAAGAACUGCAAAUAAUUAUCCUUUCCCCCUAUGAGUGAAAGACCAGCCAAUGAAUGAGGCAUAUAAUUAAAAAGCUAGAUAUUAUAUUGUAUAACCUGAUGUUAUCCAUUCUAACAAGUGCCCAAUAAUUACUGACUUGUGUGGAAUCUUUUGAUAUGUAUGGAGUGACACCUCUACUUCCCAGUUAUUCAUUUCACAGAAAGGAUCAAAUUUGUGCAUGUUCUUCUCUGUGGGUUUGUGUAAUCCUCACCACAUCUAGUGGCAAUGAAUUCAGCAUAAUAUUAUUCAUUGUGUAAAGUUCUUUCUUUUGUUUCUCCUGAUACUUCUGCCUAUGUGAGGAUGUUUGUAUUAUGUGAGGGAAAAUAUAUCUGAAUUCAUCUUCUCCAUUCUGUGUGCUCAUUCAUGAUUUUUUUUUCAUGUCCAAAUCUUUAGUAUAUUUGUUUUAAACUGAAAACUCAUUUUCUGGUGCCCCAGUCCCAUGCUGAAAAAAUAGUGGCAUUAUAUUCGAUCAAGUUGUUGGCCCUGUUUAGCUCAGUACAGUGUGCUUCAACUGGUGUUUAAUCUCCUGAGUGAUAUUGUAGUCUGACAAAAAAAGCAGGGGUUCCAGAAAAAGAAUUGUGCCUUUGGAGAAUUUUCAGUUGCAGGAUUUUUGGCAUUCAUUUUUGGGUCUGCCCCAUUUCCACAAAUCGCCAAUAGAGUAAUCACAAUGAGAAUGAUCCAAUACCAGGAAAAAUAAAUUUAAGUGAACCCUACCGGUAAACAUACUAAUAAAUUCAUAGCUCAUUUUAGUUUCAAUAAUUAUAUAUGUUCAAAAUUUAUGGCUAUGAUUCCCCAAUACUGGUAGAAUUAUUGAAAGUGUGUCUUUAAUAGUCUUAAUACACAAGAGGGGUCUGCUGCACCUAGAUAUUGCUAUAGCAGGUACAAUGAUCGAGAAACACUCAUUCUUUUUGCCUUAUUUCUAAAACACUUCAGGCCUGAGGAUUUGCGUCGUGAAUUUGGUCGGUAUGGCCCUGUAGUAGACGUAUACAUUCCGCUUGACUUCUACACAAGACGCCCAAGAGGAUUUGCUUAUAUACAAUAUCCUUUAUGUCACUGUAUUUUUUAUUGAGGUGCAUUGUUGUUAUUGCGUCCUAACUUAAUGUAUUUAUUUCUUUGUCUCAGAAAAUGUAAAGCAGUCCACAGUGGCUGGCAAGCACCCCAAAGUUUGAAUGAACCUGGUUAGAUAGAGUCCAAGCAGGCAAGCCAAAAGACACCUUAAAGUUCAAGCUUCAAGGAAUAAAGAGGGAGGGUGGAAAAAGAUAAAAAGAAAACUGGAAGAGGGGAAGUCCUUUUUCAAGGAAAAGACAAAGCCACAACACCAAGUUAAGGCUUCGGCUUUCCGACAUUUGCUCAAGUUCCAAAGUCAAAGCCAAGUCUGAUUUGGUUGGUUCUCCAGCCCUUGUCAAGUCCAUCUAGCAAGCCCUAAAGAGUAAAGGUCAAGAUCAAGUGACGUGGAGCGUCCUUAACAGACAGUCAUGUUUGAAGAUGUUCGUGAUGCAGAAGAUGCUCUUUAUAACCUCAAUAGAAAGUGGGUAUGUGGCCGGCAAAUUGAAAUACAGUUUGCACAAGGUGAUCGCAAAACACCAGGUCAGAUGAAAUCGAAAGAGCGCCGCCAAUGUUCUCCAAUGGACUACAGAAGGUCAAGAAGCCGUAGCCGAAGGAGGACACGUAGCAGAAGUUCUUCAUGGGGCUGGAGCAGGAGACAUUCUGAUAGUUUUAAAGAGUCAAGGCGUAGACGACAUUCUUACAGCCAAUCUAAGUCUCGCUCAAAAUCUCUUCCAAGGCAUUCCAGCUCGCCCAGACGAUCCAUCACCCCGCAGAGAAAUUCUAGUUCUAGGGGAAGGUCGCGAUCCAAGUCACCCCACAGAAGUUCCAAAUACGUUGAAAAGUCACCAUCCAGUUCCCAUCGAAGACGUUCCGGUUCAAGAACAAAGGCACGAUCACAUCCAAAACGUUCCGGCUCAGCUACCAGAUCCCUGUCGAAAUCCCCUCGGAAACAUACUAAUUCCAGUUCUCGCUCACACUCUAGGAGCUUCUAUCAGAGAAACAGCAACCAGUCAGUAUCUGAAGAAGAUUAAUGCCUCUAUUUCUUUAACACCUUUUUUAUGAGCACAAAAUAAGGAGAACAGAAAUUGUCCAAAGCUUAUCUGAUAUGUAAGGUAACUGAUAAAUGAGAGGUCUUGCUAUGUGCCCUUUCAAUCCCUGCUUCAGUGUGCAGAACUCCUUUUAAGAUUUUUUAUUUUUAAAGAAACAUUUACCUAAUCUAGAUUCUAUUUCCCUGUACUUGGAACCCAAUAGUAGGCGAUCCUGUGUCCAAGUUAAGCUCCCUGCAUCCAUACAAGCUGUCAUUAGUCCUGGCAGUGAUGUAACUUCAGCUGCUGAAAGACCAAUCAGCUUUCCUUAUCAGAAUUGUAAUUGCCCUUUGCUCCAUGUUCUUGCAGUUGGCAGAACCUAAUGUCAGGUUAACAUUGUGCUGGAUAGAAGCUGUAUAAGAGGUUUCCUCCUGUUUAUGUGGGGAUAGAGGCAGAGCCAUUCAACCAUGCCCUCCUUAGCUCUCGCAUAAUGCUUUUGUAGAUAUUGUAGUGCAAGCAAGGCUUGUGCUGCAUAUCUACACCUGGAAAAGGGCAGAGCUGCUCAACAAGUAGCCUUUUGCUAUUCUUUUUAACGUGACAUGAAUUAGAUGAAGCUACACAUUGUUUUGCUUCAUUUUGCUGUUUUCUUUGGCAUUAGUUUUCUGCCUGCUUUACUGUCAUACCAAGAAUAACCAAUUCAAAUCUGAGUACUGUUCUUGUAUGUUCUUUCGGUAAUUAGGGUCUUUUGUUGAGGGUGGGGGUGCUGAGGGAGGCAUUAUAAUUUGUGUGUUGAGUUUGAAAUGCCAUUUCAAAUUCAGGUGGUCUAAUUGUUUCAGAUUAGAGAAGUACAUUAGCAGGCUAGUAUGGGAAAUUUUGUAUAACAUAGGGUAGUUGGAAUCCCGAGUUUAUGUUUUUUAAAAAUAUAAUUUAUAUUUAAAAGCCCAACAAUUUGUUUCCAUUUGGGGAUCAAGUGUUAACUGAUCUUAAUUAACGUCUAUCAAAAUCCCAAUCUAUAGAUCUGCAAGCACAUUAAAGCUUUUGGAACUCAAUUUUCUUGUCAAAUAGAUGAUAGGCGAGAGGGGAAA